AUGUGUCCAGCUGGUCCAUGUGUCCAGCUGGUCCAUGUGUCCAGCUGGUCCAUGUGUCCAGCUGGUCCAUGUGUCCAGCUGGUCCAUGUGUCCAGCUGGUCCAUGUGUCCAGCUGGUCCAUGUGUCCAGCUGGUCCAUGUGUCCACGUGUUCAGCUGGUCCACGUGUCCAGCUGGUCCAUGUGUCCAGCUGGUCCAUGUGUCCAGCUGGUCCAUGUGUCCAGCUGGUCCAUGUGUCCAGCUGGUCCAUGUGUCCAGCUGGUCCAUGUGUCCUGCUGGUCCAUGUGUCCAGCUGGUCCACGUGUCCAGCUGGUCCAUGUGUCCAGCUGGUCCAUGUGUCCAGCUGGUCCAUGUGUCCAGCUGGUCCAUGUGUCCAGCUGGUCCAUGUGUCCACGUGUUCAGCUGGUCCACGUGUCCAGCUGGUCCAUGUGUCCAGCUGGUCCAUGUGUCCACGUGUUCAGCUGGUCCACGUGUCCAGCUGGUCCAUGUGUCCAGCUGGUCCAUGUGUCCAGCUGGUCCAUGUGUCCAGCUGGUCCAUGUGUCCAGCUGGUCCAUGUGUCCAGCUGGUCCAUGUGUCCAGCUGGUCCAUGUGUCCAGCUGGUCCACGUGUCCAGCUGGUCCAUGUGUCCAGCUGGUCCACGUGUCCAGCUGGUCCAUGUGUCCAGCUGGUCCAUGUGACCAGCUGGUCCAUGUGUCCAGCUGGUCCACGUGUCCAGCUGGUCCAUGUGUCCAUGUGUCCAGCUGGUCCACGUGUCCAGCUGGUCCAUGUGUCCAGCUGGUCCAUGUGUCCAGCUGGUCCAUGUGUCCUGCUGGUCCAUGUGUCCAGCUGGUCCACGUGUCCAGCUGGUCCAUGUGUCCAGCUGGUCCACGUGUCCAGCUGGUCCAUGUGUCCAGCUGGUCCAUGUGUCCAGCUGGUCCAUGUGACCAGCUGGUCCAUGUGA